GCUGAUUCUCACCGCGCGGGCUGUCGGCUCCAGCGGGACAGACAGCUCUGCGAACUUCUCUUUGAUCCUGAUUGAAUCAAUGCUUUACAUUCUCAAUGUUCUCCAUAAAGCUGAGAUAUGCCCACUGUUGAGAGUGAAGCAAAAGCAAAAACCAAAGUUCGCUUUGAAGAAUUGCUUAAGAUCCACAAUGAUCUAAUAUGUGAAAGAAAAAAACUCAAGAAAAAACUUGUCAAAUCUAGAGAAAACAUCUCAGUGAGUAUUGAUCAUUUGCUUGACACCGUUAAAAGUAGUCUUCAGAAUAUUAAAGAAACUACAAAUGAUGUUGUGAGUGCAACUAACACUAAUAACCCAGAGAAGAGCAUGCGAGUCACUAAAAAUAAACUGAGGAAUACACAAUCAGCAACUGAAAAUCCAAAUGAUGAUAUUAGUGUAGAGGAAGAUAAACAAGGAAAGCCAAAUAAAAAGAUAAUAAAGACAGUACCCCAGGUAACUGCAGAAAUGGAACCAGAAACUUCUGAGAAGGUGGAAUCUGCACAUCAGAAAACACGUACAAAGUCACAGCCAGGUGUUGAUCAUCAGAAAAUUGAGACACCAAAUGAGGGGAGAGAAAAUAAUAAUUUAGAAGAAGAAGAAGAACUAAUGCAAGCAUAUCAACUCCAAGUAGCUGAAGAAAUGGCAAAGGAGAUUAAGAAGAAAAUAAGAAAGAAACUGAAAGAACAGUUGACUUACUUUCCCUCAGAUACUUUAUUGCAUGAUGACAAAUUGAGCAGUGAAAAAAGAAAAAAGAAAAAAAAGAAAGUUCCAAUUCUGUCUAAAGCUGAAACAAGUACAUUGACUGUCUCUGAUGACACAGUUGAAGGUGAAGAAAAGAAAGAAUCUCCAGUUGGAACAGUUACUUCAGAUCCUCAUCAAGAUGUUGAAAUAAGCUCAGUGGAACAAAAUGUAGAUGACAAAAUGCAAGAUAACACAAAGUCUAAACCAAAAAAAACAAAAAAGAAGGCUAAAGCAGGUUUUGAACGGCCUGUUUCAUCUUACUAUGAAAAAGAGAGUGUGGAUUAUAUUCUUCCUAUUAUGACCCAGCCCUAUGAUUUUAAGCAGUUAAAAUCAAGACUUCCAGAAUGGGAAGAACAAAUUAUAUUUAAUGAAAAUUUUUCCUAUUUGCUUCGAGAUUUUGAUGAGAGUCCUAAAGUCAUCUUGUUCUUUGAGAUAAAGCCAUCUUACCGCUCUAUGAUGGCUCUUCAGGAGGAAAAACCAGUGUAUUGUGAACGUCACCGUGAGUCAAGUUCAGUAGACACAGAACCUGGAUUAGAAGAUUCAAAGGAAGUAAUAAAGUGGAAACGACUGCCUGGGCAAAGUUGUAAGUAAGUGGGAAAGAACCUGUUGUAUUCAUUAAGCACUCAAAAACUUGGCUGGCUGGAAAACAGAGAAAUUAAAGGAACUGAGUUUAAGGGGGUUCCAAUAAGUUAUUUGGAGGUUCAUCCCAAUGGAAAACGUUUGUUAAUCCAUACCAAAGACAGUACUUUGAGAAUUAUGGAUCUCCGGAUAUUCAGUCAAAAGGCUGCACUCAAGGAUCUGGAAGGCCACAUGUGGGCCCACGGCUGCAGGUUCCCCAGGCACUUUGUCUUUAUUUUGUGCCUUAAAAACCUCAUUGAAGAGGUUGAAUUGAAAAGAGAACAAGUAGCCAUGUAUUCUGACCUGCCAUUCAAGUCACCUAUUCGAGAUAUUUCGUAUCAUCCAUUUGAAAAUAUGGUUGCAUUUUGUGCAUUUGGGCAGAAUGAGCCAAUUCUUCUGUAUAUUUAUGAUUUCCAUGUAUGGAAUUUAAAUGUUAGUGAGGUGAUACGAUCCUGUGCUGCAAAAGUCAACAAAAAUCUCUCGUUUACUUCACCACCACCAGCCUCCUCACAACAGACUAAGUUAAAACAGUCAAACAUGCUGACCACUCAAGAAAUUUUACAUCAGUUUGGUUUCCCUGAGACGGGGAUUAUCAGCAUAGAAAGAAAGCCUUGUAACCAUCAGGUAGAUACAGCACCAACGGUAGUGGCUCUUUACGACUACAUAGCAAAUCGAUCAGAUGAACUAACCAUCCAUCGCGGAGACAUUAUCCGAGUGUUUUUCAAAGAUAAUGAAGACUGGUGGUAUGGCAGCGUAGGAAAGGGACAGGAAGGUUAUUUUCCAGCUAAUCAUGUGGCUAGUGAAACACUCUAUCAAGAACUGCCUCCAGAGAUAAAGGAGCGAUCUCCUCCUUUAAGCCCCAAGGAAAAACCUAAAAUGGAAAAACCUCCUUCAGCUCCUCAAAAGCAGUCAGUCCAUAAGGACAGGUCCCAGGAUUUCAGACGGGGCUUAGAGUCUAUGACACGUUCUGAAAUGGGCAAAGAACAGAGCCGUGAGGACCGAGGACACAUAAUGGACACGCAGGUGAAGAAGAGUGAGCAAACAGGCCGAAAAGUCACCCUAAUAGAGUAAAGAGUCAAAGAAGAAGGAAGAGACACCCAAAUGCACAGAGGUGAAAUGACAAAUUAAACCAAAUGGAAUUUCUCUUCAGCGUUCAGAAUUUUCAGAUACUAAGGAAGAAAGGAAGGAUCCAAUACUUGUUCUUAGGAAAGACUCCAGAAAAAUCAGAAGCAAGGCAAGUUGUGGGUGGAAAAGUCAAUGUGGCCUUUGAGCUUAAUUGUUAUAAACCAUCGUGAUUGUUUUUGGCCAAAGUAUUGGUAUUUGUGUUAUUAGUAAUUACAUCAAAAUUACAUUACCAGUGUUGGAAAACUAAUAAAGAAAAAACCAUAAUUGCUACUCAGCAAAUGUGAAUAAAAAGUGUUUGCAUU